GCUUCCAGCCCACUGGAAAGGGACAGAAGCAGCAGCAGCCACAGCAGCAGCCGCAGCAGCCACAGCAGCAGCAGCCACAGCAGCGAUGCUUUGCCGGAUGCACCUCGCCCCAUUCGCCUCCAGCUCCCUGGCCAGCCGGCUGGGCACAGUGAGGACCCUCUGGCCGCACGCAGAGACCAUCUUCACCGAGCUGCAGCAGGAGAUGGAGAAAGCUCGGGAGUUCAUGAGCAGCUUCGAGCAGCUCCUGAGCAGCCACGGGGCCAUGGCCACCGAGCACAGCCCGAGCAGCAGCGUGACCCUGCCCCAGGGCUCCGGGGAUGGCUUCUCUGUCUGCCAGGACGUGAAGAACUUCGCCCCCGAGGAGCUGUCGGUGAAGGUGGUGGGCAGGAAGGUGGUGCUGGUGGGGCAGAAGGAGACGCAGAACGUUGAUGAGAAGGGCUCCUUCUCCUACAAGUACGAGGUGCUGAAGCGGGAGUGGGACGUGCCCGAGGAGGUGGACGCCGAGGCGCUGACCUGCUCCCUGUCCAAGGACGGGCAGCUCCGCAUCGAGGCGCCCAAGCUGGCGCUGCCUGCCGCUCCCGAGAGGAGCGUGCCCAUCCAGGUCAGCCCUGCUGCCCCGCAGACCGGACCAGCUUCUGAGGAGGGAGCCACCACCAAAGCCCAGGCGUGAGAGGAUGGGAGCCGACGGCCACGGCAGGACCGGAGCAGACAGGAGCGAGUCUCAGGCUUGAGCCCGGACGAGCUCCAUCGGCCACGAUGACAUUUUUUUCACUAGACUGGAAUGUUUUUGUAUCCAAUAAAAAUACUUUUGCAUUGAA